GACGGUAGCCAGGGCAACACUCUACCAACACCGCCCGCUGCCACCUCCAUCACCCACCUGCCACUGCUGCCACUGCCACCUCCGGCUCCACCUGCCACUGCUGCCACUGCCACCUCCAGCUCCACCUGCUACCCAUAGAAGAGGCGAGGUGUGAGGGAUGGUGAGUGUGAGGUGUGAGAGUGGCGGCUCCCGGGUCCUCCACACCCGCCUGCUGCUGCUGCUGCUGCUGCUGCUGCUGCUGGCCAAGGUCUCCAUGGCCUCCAUCUGUGUCAAGUCCUUUACCUGGACUGACGCCAAGAAGUCAGUGACGCUGGAGAACCGCGGGGGGAUGGCCACGCCUCAGGUGGUGGGCGUGUGGCCAGUGGCCUCAGUGGCCGUCCUCAGCCAGACCUUCCUCAGCUCCUCCACCCCCGGCUACUCCACCACCGUCAAUGAUGCACCUGUAGAUGGCAGCACCCUGGCGGUGGACCUCUCCAGCGCCCCUGAUGUGGCCCCAGAGACAUGUGGGUACUACCUGGUCUGCGUCACCACCAUGAAUCAACCAGUUAACGCAACUCCACACUUCGACUACAAGUGCGUCAUGCAAGUGAAGCAAUGUAUGGAAGAGGUGGACCUGGUGUGGGUGGCCGAGGGUGUCGGGGAGGACGCCCCGUAUGUCUACGUCAACGCCCAGGGUCCCGUCUACGCCAGUGGUAUGGCAGUGAGCAUCAUGAACGGGGGCCCGGAGGCUCUCUCCAGCUCCUCCGCUCUCAACGCCCCGGAGGUGGCCGCCUUCAUCUCCUUGAGGGAACCUUUUGACGACAGCAGCACCCUCUUCUCCAACACCAACAUGUCCCUCCAGGAGGCCAUGCAAGAGUUCACCUCCAUCAACCUGGUGUUUGAGUCCUACGGUAAUGAUGGACUCUUCCGCCUCCCGGGCUGGGAGAUGUUGCUGAUUGAUGCCGGCACCAACACCACCAUGGCGCUGCCGGCCAACUCCAGUCUGGCGGUGGACCUGAGCCUGUUGACGGGGCCGUCCAAGCUGCCGUGUCAGUCUGGCAUCCUCGUCCUCCUCCUCGACCCUUACAACAGGACCAACGACGUCGACAGAUCCAACAACAUCGUUAUGUUUCCCAUCGACCUCCUGUGCUCCGGUGGUGGGGAGUCGAUUGGGAGCAUGUGUGAGGUGAUCCCCUACAUGGAGAGUGAGGGCCGCGACGCCAUGCUUCUUGUCAAGGACAACUUUAGCCCCGCUAGUUACGUCUACAAGGGCGAGGGCCACCGCCGGGGGUUCCUGACGGCGACGUCGGCCGACGUGGAGAAGAAGUCGAUGCAGUACAAUUGGGCCAACGACCGGGCCGCCAGGCUGCAGGCCCUGAACCUGUGCCCCAUGGAGGAUCCUGCCUCGGACGGGGCCCCCAACAACUCCCUGGUGAUGAGGGCCAAGAGGGUCCUCGACACCCUCCUGGUGGAUAUGAAGUCAAUGACGACGGAUAGCGCGGAGGAGAUGGAGGCCCACCAGCAGGUGCUCCUGAUGGCCGAGGUGGCCAGCGACCUGAUUGGCGAGGCCAUGGAGGAGGACGGCGUGUGGAGGAGCCUGGCGCUCAAGAUCCUGGGCAUGGAGGUCCGCACGAUGAUGAAACACCAGUUUGGCCCCUUGGCCAUGAUGAUAUGUUCUGGUGGUAUGGGGCCCUUUGGUGAGACGGGACUGUUUGGUGGAAAAGGCAUGUUUGGUGGAAUGGGCAACCAGGAUAAAUGGGGGUCGAAGGGGCGAACAGAUACAUUUUUUGGAUCGAGGCUAUUAAAUAUAUUACCUAACUUAGCAUCUGUGUUUAAUGGGACAGGACUCCCCUUCCAACUACCAUCCUUCCUACUGAACAGAACAGGACUCGCUGGAAUAUUUGGAUCCUGGAAUAUGCUUCGAUCGUCGCUACCUUUAGGCCUGACAGCUGGACAGUGGAAUGGAACGGGAUUUCCGUUCGGAUCCAAGUGCUGGCGGUUCAAUGGAACGGGUUCACCCUUUAAUCUGAGCUCCUUACGGUGGGGUGGACUGGGCCACUUGCUCUGGAAUGGGUCAGGACUCUGGUUCUUAAAUGGAACGGGACAAAAUGGUGCGCUGGGACCUUGGUUGUGGAAUGCAACCACACCAUUGCCUUUUGGAACGGAUCCCUGGUUAUGGAACGGAACAUCAGUCUGGCACUGUAACAAAACUGCAGCGACAUCUAUAUUCCCAAACCUGAACAAUUUGUUUGGAACGACAAGAUUCCGUUUUCUCCAUUCAGGACAAGAGUCACCGCGAACAGUUAACUUGAACAGUGGCGGGUGUAAGUUCUCGUGUGGAGACGGCAACACUGUACCGUGUUCCGCCAGGUGUGACGGUCGGCAACACUGUUCCAACGGUGCUGAUGAGCUCCAGUGUGGCAACACCGGUGGCGAGAACAGCAAGCAACCCGCCCGGACGGCCGCCCUCCGGCGCCAGAGAGCGUCUUACGGCAAAAACAACAGAACCAGGAAUAAUUCAAGCGGAGAGAGAACACAUUCGAAGCUGCAAGACGGAGGUUCCAACUGGGAAGAAUUUUCAGCCGGUGGAGACUUCUCCAGCACCGAAGACUUCUCCAGCACCGAAGACCUUUCUGGCGCAGAAGACUUUACCAACCAAGAAGACUCCUCCGGUUUCACAGACUCAGACACGCGAGGCUCAGGCGAGAAUUCACAAGAGAGUCGAGAGAAUGAUGUUGAUGAUGGCGAUGAUGAGGACGACUUCAACAGAUUCGGCGGACCUCCUCGACGUCGCCAUAAGCCACCUCGCGGAGGUGGUCCUAUAGGUCCCUGGGGUUCAGGGGGUUCCGGAGAUCCCUGGGGUCCUGGUGGUCCUGGGGGUUCCGGGGGUCCUGGAGGUCCCUGGGGUCCUGGAGGUCCCGGGGGUUCCGGGGGUCCUGGAGGUCCCUGGGGCCCUGGAGGUCCUGGAGGUCCCGGGGGUCCUGGGGGUCCCAGAGGUCCUAGGAUGUUUGGCGGCGACCCUCAGGCCCGGGCGUUGAUGACGAUGUGGAAGAAGGUGGAGCUGAGGCUGGCCAGCGGGGCGGGACCCGAGGACAUGGUGGAGCUGGCCUUCCUCCCGCUCUCCACCCGCCUCAACAUCAAGGACCUCUACAACAUGUUCCGUAAAGACGACUUCUCCAAGUACCACAAGUUUAUGAAAGCUCUUGUGAAAUCUGGAGCCAUUAUGUUAUUAAUGGAGUACGAGAUGAACAAUGAACUGUACGAUAUUCAGAGCAUGAUGAGCAUGUCGGACAAGAGCGUUCAAGAUCUGCUCGACUUCUUGAACACGAAUGUGUCGGCGGCGGCGAGGGAGCGAGUGGGCGGGAGGCCGGCCUUGGAGGCCCUGCUCAACCUCACCCUCAAGUACUCGGCUCUCCUCCUCGAGCACAGGGUCACCGUCUUCGAUUUUAUGCGUUCUGUGGUGGACAAGGUGGACCCGCCGACGCUCUGCUCCUUGACGAAGAAGUUUGGCCCCAGCCCCAGCAAGGAGAUGCUCUGCCUCAGGGCAGCUCAGCAGGACGUGGACAUGAUGUCAGCGAACAUAAUGGCUCCACCAGAGAAGAAAAACGCCAACUUCUUCCAGGACCCCUUCAAGGACUUCAUGACGUCUCUCAAGCUCAGUAAACAACGACCAGCUUACUGGAUUAUUGAGAAUGAAGGAGUGUACUACGGGGAGCAGAACUCCGUGACGGGCUUCUUCGUGUGGGACAAGGUGGCUGUUUGUUCCUGCCCCGACGCCAGUACUGGAGGGCCAGGCCAAGACGGUAGUGGAGCAGGAGGGAGUGGCCAAGGAUGGGGAGGAGGAGGAGGAGGAAAUGGUCAAGGAUGGGGAGAAGGAGGAGGAGGAAAUGGUCAAGGAGGAGGAGGAGGAGGAAAUGGUCAAGGAUGGGGAGGAGGAAAUGGUCAAGGAUGGGGAGGAGGAAAUGGUCAAGGAUGGGGAGGAGGAGGAGGAGGAUCCUGGAGCGCAUCAGGAGAUGGGGGAUCGGGUAGUGGAUGGGACGAUGCAUCAGGAGGUAUGGGAAGGAGCGGAUUCAGUGGUGGAUGGGGAGGUGCAUCAGGUGAUGGGGGAUCGGGUGGGUCGGGUAGUGGAUGGGACGGUGCCUCAGGAGGUACGUCAUGGAGUGGGUCUGGAGGUGGUGGGAAUAUAGCUGCAUCAGGUAAUGUGGAGACUAGUGGAGUCAGAAGUGGAGGAGCAGGAGAUGGACAGAACGCCUCAUGGCAAGACCUUCCGCAACAAGUUAAAGAUCUCAUCAACCAAUAUGCCGGAGGAAAUGGAAAAGAUGUAGACAUCAACAAAAUCAUGGAAAUGUUCAACUCUCAAUCACCUCAAGACGACCCGAACACAGCAAUGCUCCACGGAGACACAGAUGGCACAGUCACUAUGUUAGAUCUUUCGGACAUAUACCUGAGGAACUAUCGUCAGGAGGAGGUGGACGGGAGGCUGGUGAUCAGCGGACAGGUGGUGGUGUACGACAAGAUGCGGGAACAGAACAGCUCCGUGUGUAAGGACUCGGACUGGGACGAGGACGACGCCCGGGUAGUGUGCACCGUCCUCUAUGACGACCAUCCUCGCGCACGGUUGGAGGCGUCGUACUCUACCAGCGAGUCGUUCAACGACCCUUCCAUCCCGGAAGUGAAGCUGGACAAGUUCCAGUGUCACGGGGACGAGGUGGACCUCCUCCAGUGCACUCACCGCUGGGACAUCAAUCAGUGUAAAGUGAAGGAACUUGCUGGAGUCAAGUGUGUGCUCUCAAAGCUCUCAGUAGAGCAACGCAAGAUGCAGCAGCUUAAAAAAUAAACAACUUAUGCUGACAUGAAUUAAAUAACAACAACAAAUACUAAAUUAUUAAUGGUGGUUUAUGUAUGAUUGUAUUGUUUGUUAUCAAAGAAUUGUUUAACCAAACCUGUUUUUAAACAUUAUUACGUUUACAAGCCCGUUAAAACAUGCGUGACAGUUCAACACCUGCUUAAAACACACGCGUGACAGCUCAACACCUGCUUAAAACACACGCGUGACAGUUCAACACCUGCUUAAAACCCACGCGUGACAGUUUAACACCUGCUUAAAACCCACGCGUGACAGUUCAACACCUGCUUAAAACCCACGCGUGACAGUUCAACACCUGCUUAAAAUACACGCGUGGCAGUUCAACACCUGCUUAAAACCCACGCGUGACAGUUCAACACCUGCUUAAAAUACACGCGUGGCAGUUCAACACCUGCUUAAAACACACGCGUCAAAUUUCAGCACCUGCUUAAAACACACGUGUGACAGACCAACACCUGCUUAAAACACCCACGUGACAGUUCAACACCUGCUUUAAAAACAUGCGUGGCAGUUCAACACCUGCUUAAAAAUACGCGUGGUAGUUCAACACCUGCGUAAAACACACAUAUUGGUAAAAUUUUAUAUUUAAGAUUUACCUCCUGAAUAAAUAAUGUAAUAAAAUAUUAUUUAUAUUAUAACUUUCUGUUGUUCUGUCAAGGUAGUAACUUGCGUUCCCUUGUCACCCAUGUUGACACAUGUCCUCUCCAGGCACACCUUAUGUUGCUAUGUGUCCAGGACACUGGACUGUGACACUUUAUGUUGCUUAUGUCUCCAGGACACUUAAUGUGGUAAGACCAGAUUAUAAUAAGAUAUGAUACAAAAUUAUCGCGAUGGUUAAGUGUGGUUUUAAUGUCUCGCUUUCUGUUGUGGGUCCUCUGGUAGGUUAGGAUAAGGGCACUUUAGUACGACAGUUUUUUGACGUUGGGGAACCUUAGGAGGACGGGCUGCUGGAAGAUCCUGCCCCACAGUCUUAAUGUCUCGUAUCGUCUUAAGUUUCUUAUGACUCAAAAGUCUAAAAAUUGUGCAGCAGGUUGUUACACACCCAGGUACUGAGAGGAUUAUAACUACAGUAUGACCAUUAUUGCCAUAACAAUAGCCUGGGCAAGGUAUAGACUUGCCACAACAAUGUAGCCAACUUUCUAACAAAGAAUUUGAGUGAACGAGAGCAAGGUAAGGUAAUUAUUAAGGUAUGGUAAGCUAUGGCAGUUUGACUAUAUAACACUUGGAAGGGAUAUAAUUACAGAAUAGGAGCUGGGAUAGGAGAAAGGAAGGAACUGUGUCCAUCCACUUGGACUAUUGGGGAUCGAACGCCGACCUGCAAGAAAACGAAGCCGUCGCUGUACCGUUCGGUCCAAGUGGAUGGACAAACUUAGAUCAAACUGGAAGUUGAAAUAAAAUCUUUAAAACGCUCAACAGAUUUGUAUCGUAUCUUGACAUUUUGAAACAAAUUAAAAUAGAAUAGUAAAUUGUGACGAAAUGAAUUUAAUAUUAACGUUUAGGUAAGGAAUAAAUGCCUUAAGCUCAUCAUGGUAUCAGUGAUAAAUAUAUCUUACAAUUACAGAGAUCUCUAUUAUAUACAAUAUUUAUGUAAUUAUGUAAUGAUAAUGUAACAGCACAUUUUUCAUAUUGUAAAAUCACAAUGCAUGUUUUAUGUAAAUGAUCUGAAUGUAAUAUAAUAAUAUUUACUUUGAAUUUGGUCAGAGAUGAAGAUUUAACUUUGUUGUUCAUGCAUAUUAACUGUUGAUCGUUCCACUGUGAUAGUCACCAGCAUAGCUUGCAAAUGUCAAGGAUAUAUAUGGCUGACAAUUAGUAUAGAAGUCAAUAUAUUAAUACAGUAUGCACUCUUGUAGGACUAUAGAUAGCUAAAAAUUGAAUAUAUUUCUUAAAUAUGCAAUAUAUUUAUUGUUAAACUCACGUGACAAAUUAUUUUAUAUAAGAAAAUGUGUAAAGAAUCAACUAGGGAAAACUGUAAUUUCAGUGAUCAGGACUGUGCUCUUUUUAAUUGUUUUACAUAUAAAAUUUACUUGCAAUAAACUAAAAUUGGUAUAAAAAA